UGACACAGGAAUGGGACUGAAAAAAGAAAACACCAUGAUGAUGAGGAGAAUGUAAAAUCCACUCGUGUAGCAAACACAAAUCCUCGUUUCAACUGCAGGGAAAGAGGAUGCAUUGUCGAGCUGGAAUUGAGGCAACAGGAAGGGCACCGGCGCGUUGCUAAAUGGAGUCGGAGCAGCUGUACCACAGAGGCUACUGCAGGAACAGCUACAACAGCAUCGCCAGCGCCAGCAGCGACGAGGAGCUGCUGGAUGGAGCCGGCGCCGUCAUGGACUUCCACACCACAGAGGACGACAACCUGCUGGAUGGGGACGCGGCCUCCCCAGGGUCUAACUACGUCAUGUCUAACGGGGGCGGGGCACCCAGCAGUACCACCCACCUGUUGGACUUCCUAGAGGAGCCCAUCCCUGGUGUGGGGACCUACGACGACUUCCACACCAUCGACUGGGUCCGAGAGAAGUGCAAGGACCGCGAGAGGCACCGAAAGAUCAACAGUAAGAAAAAGGAUUCGGCAUGGGAGUUCACAAAGAGCCUGUACGACGCCUGGUCCGGGUGGCUGGUGGUGACGCUCACUGGCUUGGCCUCAGGUGCUUUGGCUGGCCUGAUUGACAUUGCUGCUGAUUGGAUGAACGACCUGAAGGAGGGUGUGUGUCUGAGCGCCAUGUGGUUAAACCGCGAGCAGUGCUGCUGGACGUCCAAUGAGACCACCUUCGCUGAGCGGGACAAGUGUCCUCAGUGGAAGAGCUGGGCUGAGCUAAUACUGGGGCAGGCAGAGGGGCCCGGCUCGUACAUCAUGAACUACUUCAUGUACACUUACUGGGCGCUGUCCUUCGCCACCCUGGCCGUCUGUCUGGUCAAAGUGUUCGCUCCCUACGCCUGCGGCUCGGGGAUCCCUGAGAUAAAGACUAUCCUCAGUGGGUUCAUCAUCCGUGGCUACCUGGGGAAGUGGACCCUGAUCAUAAAGACCAUCACCCUGGUGUUAGCCGUGUCCUCGGGGCUCAGUUUGGGGAAGGAGGGCCCUCUGGUGCACGUGGCUUGCUGCUGCGGGAACAUCUUCUCCUACCUCUUCCCCAAGUACAGCAAGAACGAGGCAAAGAAACGAGAGGUUCCUCUGCUUGCGUCGGCGGCCGGGGUGUCUGUUGCUUUUGGAGCCCCGAUUGGAGGAGUGCUCUUCAGCUUGGAGGAGGUGAGCUACUACUUCCCUCUCAAGACGUUGUGGCGCUCCUUCUUCGCCGCCCUGGUUGCUGCCUUCGUCCUGCGCUCCAUCAACCCGUUUGGGAACAGCCGUCUGGUGCUGUUCUACGUGGAGUACCACACUCCCUGGUACCUGUUCGACCUCAUCCCCUUCAUCCUGCUGGGGGUGUUCGGAGGCCUCUGGGGAGCCUUCUUCAUCCGGGCCAACAUCGCCUGGUGCCGGCGGCGCAAGUCCACACGCUUCGGAAAGUACCCGGUGUUGGAGGUGAUCUUGGUAACGGCCGUCACCGCUGUGUUUGCUUUCCCCAACCCGUACACGCGUCAGAACACCAGCGAGUUGAUAAAGGAGCUGUUCACAGACUGCGGCCCGCUGGAGUCCUCGCAGCUCUGCCAGUACCGCAGCCAGAUGAACGGCAGCAAAGGCGUUAACGACAACCCCAACCGCCCCGCGGGGCCCGGGGUCUACGCCGCCAUUUGGCAGCUCUGCCUGGCCCUCGUCUUCAAGAUCAUCAUGACCAUAUUCACCUUUGGACUCAAGGUACCGUCGGGGCUGUUCAUCCCCAGCAUGGCCAUCGGGGCGAUCGCAGGGCGGAUCGUUGGCAUCGGCGUGGAGCAGUUGGCGUAUUAUCACCACGACUGGUUCCUGUUCAAAGAGUGGUGCGAGGUGGGGGCCGACUGCAUCACGCCGGGGCUCUACGCCAUGGUGGGGGCCGCCGCAUGUCUGGGCGGUGUGACCCGUAUGACCGUCUCUCUGGUGGUCAUCGUCUUCGAGCUGACGGGGGUUGAGUACAUCGUCCCCCUCAUGGCCGCCGUCAUGACCAGCAAGUGGGUGGGUGACGCGUUUGGUCGCCAGGGAAUCUACGAGGCGCACAUCCGUCUGAACGGUUACCCCUUCCUGGACGCCAAGGAGGAGUUCACCCACGUGACGCUGGCCAGUGACGUGAUGCGGCCGCGGCGCAGCGACCCCCCGCUCGCCGUGCUGACGCAGGACGACCUGACGGUGGAGGAGCUGCAAAGCACCAUCAACGAGACCAGCUAUAACGGUUUCCCUGUCAUCGUGUCCAAGGAGUCCCAGAGGCUGGUGGGCUUCGCUCUGCGCAGGGACAUCACCAUCGCUAUAGAAAACGCUCGUCGUAAGCAGGAGGGCAUCAUGCUGAACUCCAGGGUUUACUUCACGCAGCACGCCCCCACCCUGCCCGACAGCCCGCGGCCCCUCAAGCUGCGCUCCAUCCUGGACAUGAGCCCCUUCACCGUCACCGACCACACCCCCAUGGAGAUCGUGGUGGACAUCUUCAGGAAGCUGGGCCUGCGCCAGUGCCUGGUCACUCACAACGGGCGGCUUCUUGGUAUUAUCACAAAAAAAGAUAUCCUGCGUCACAUGGCUCAAAUGGCAGACCAAGAUCCCGGGUCCAUCAUGUUCAACUGAUCGGCUCCUUCCAGGACGGCCGGGGGGGCGACGACAGCGAGGAGGAAGUGCACCUCCUGGACGGCUCCAAUCUCUGACAUUCGGACCCCGUUUUGUUUCCAUUUUUAGUUUCCAGCUUUGUAGAACCUGGCGGACGGAGCGUGCCCUCCACAGAGACUUGCAGGCCAUGAGAGGGAGAGGAAACGUGAUAAAACUUUGUUAUCAUAGUGGCUGCUGAAGGCACACACACACACACACACACACACACGAGGAAUGCACUUUCUACACACACAUCGCAACACUUUUGCACUUGCAGACACCUCACACCUGCAUGCUCUCUCUUCACCUGUAACACACACACCCUGUACCCCCCCACGU